CGCCGGUCGCGCAUCAAUCCGGUUUGGCUCCCAGUUCAAUUCAAUUUUUGUCAAAAACCCUAGGAUGGGAUCAUAGGAGUCAUACGGUUCAUAUCCAAUUUAAACUUCGAGCUUCUCUCUCAUAUAUUCACGCACUUAUUUGAAGAAUUGGAGGACAAUUUGUUUACGUGGCUUAGUGUCGUUGGUGGAUAGAAGGAACAAGUACCUCAGGUAGUGUACUAUAUCGCAAUGUUGAACAAGCUCUCUAAGCUUUGAAAUCCAUGGAAGGCAAAGCUACCAGUUUAGCAAAUCUCUUGCAGGGUUGCAUAGACAAGAAAGCCCAUUUGGCCGGCAAGCUCAUUCAUGCUUUCAUAUUACGUAGCAAUGGCCUCUUGUCGAAUACUUUCCUCUCUAACCGCCUCGUUGAGUUGUACUCUAAAUGUGGUAAUAUCGGUUAUGCAGACCGGCUGUUUGAUAAAAUGCCUCACCGAGACGUGUAUUCUUGGAAUGCCAUAUUGGGUGGAUACUGUAAAUUUGGGAGUUUAGGGGAUGCUCAGGAGUUGUUUUUGAAAUUGCCUGAGAGAAACACCGUUUCCUGGAACACUCUGAUUAGUGCGUUAGGCCGGCAUGGGCAAGAGGAAACUGCAUUGGGUGUUUAUGAUACAAUGAUUUUGGAGGGAUUCAUGCCUACCCGUUUCACGUUGGCGAGUGUGUUUAGUGCGUGUGGAGCAUUGUUGGAUGUGGAGCAUGGUAGGAGAUGUCAUGGUCUUGCCUUCAAAAUUGGUCUUGAGGAGAAUAUUUAUGUGGGCAAUGCUAUACUCUCCAUGUAUGCAAAAUGUGGACUUAUUAGGGAUGCAAUUCGGGUUUUUGGUGACAUGGCUGAGCCAAAUGAAGUUACUUUUACGGCUCUCAUGGGUGGGUUAGCACAGACGGACAGAGUCAUGGAGGCUUUGGAAAUGUUUAGAAUGAUGUGUAGGAAAGGGGUUCGUAUUGAUUCUGUCUCGUUGUCGAGCAUCUUGGGUGUUUGUGCGAAAGGAGGAGGAGGAGGCGGCGAGUAUGGUCUUGAUGAUCAGAGUGAUGGAUUUCCAUGUAAUGUGAAUGGACAACAAAUACAUGGUCUUACAAUUAAACUUGGAUUUGAGGGAGAUCUUCAUUUGAACAAUUCAUUGCUUGAUAUGUACGCUAAGAAUGGGGAUAUGAAUAGUGCUGAGAAGGUUUUUGCUAAUUUGCCAAAAGUCAGUAAUGUGUCUUGGAAUAUCAUGAUAGCUGGGUAUGGCCAGAUAUGCGAGACUCAGAAAGCUUUAGAAUAUCUGCAAAGAAUGCGAUCUUGCUGUUUUGAACCAGAUGAGGUUACUUAUAUUCAUAUGCUUGCAGCGUGUGUCAAGUCUGGUGAUAUAAAAAGUGGCCGUCAAAUGUUUGAUAACAUUUCAUGCCCAAAUGUGAGUUCAUGGAAUGCCAUUCUCUCUGGCUAUUUUCAGAGUGGGGACCACAAGGAGGCAAUCGAGCUUUUCAGGGAAAUGCAGUUUCAACAUGUGCAACCUGAUCGAACUACCUUGGCAGUUGCCCUCAGCUCCUGUGCAGCAAUGGGGCUUCUGCAGGCUGGAAAAGAAAUACAUGCUGCCUCACAAAAGGCUGCCUUUCAAACAGACGUGUAUGUUGCAAGUGGACUUCUUGGCAUGUAUUCAAAGUGUGGUCAGACAGAAAUGGCAAAGCAUAUAUUUCAUAAUAUGCUUGAAUUAGAUAUUGUUUGUUGGAACUCUAUGAUAGCAGGUCUUUCGCUCAAUUCUCAAGAUAAGGAAGCUUUCACUUUCUUUAAGCAGAUGCGGCAUGAUGAGAUGAGACCUACCCAAUUCACUUACGCUACUGUACUGAGUUGUUGUGCGAAGCUGUCUUCUUCAUUUCAAGGGAAGCAGGUUCAUGUUCAGAUGACAAAAGAUGGAUAUAUGAGUGAUCUCUUUGUAGGGAGUGCUCUCAUUGAUAUGUACUGCAAAUGUGGUGAUGUAGAUGAGGCCAGGAAAUUUUUUGAUAUGAUGCCUAGUAAAAAUACUGUUACUUGGAAUGAAAUGAUACAUGGGUAUGCUCAAAAUGGACGUGGAGAUGAAGCUGUUCUGCUUUACAGGGACAUGAUUGGAUCAAGUCAGAAACCUGAUUGUAUAACUUUUGUUGCUGUUUUGACUGCUUGUAGCCAUUCUGGAUUGGUCGAUGCAGGCAUUGAAAUAUUCAAUUCUAUGGAACAAGAACAUGGAGUGGUGCCAGUUUUGGAUCAUUAUACUUGCAUUAUUGAUGCUCUAGGUCGUGCUGGUCGUUUCCAUGAAGCAGAAGUCCUGAUAGACGAGGUGCCAUAUAAAGAUGAUCCAGUUAUAUGGGAGGUUUUGCUUAGCUCUUGUAGGGUUUAUGCUAAUGUGGGGUUAGCAAAAAGAGCAGCAGAUGAACUCUUCCGCUUGACCCCAAAUAAUUCAGCCCCUUAUGUGCUUCUGGGAAAUAUUUAUUCUUCGUUAGGAAGAUGGGAUGAGGCAAGGAAUGUGAGAGAUCAAAUGAGUGACAAACAGGUCAUUAAGGAUCCAGGUUAUAGCUGGAUUGAAUAUGAUAAGGGCAAGCAAGCCGGUAUGGAGGAUGAUAAUUUUAUGGUAAUUGAUGAAGUUGAAGUAGCAAGUAACAAAAAAAAUUUCUAUACUGCCUAGAACAAAGUCAAAACAUUGCUCUUGGUGCUUCUUCACGUGGUAUUCUCCUUAUGGAAGCUUGGGAACCAUAAAGAGAAGGUUUUAAUGCUGCAUCAUGACCCCUGCUAGGUUUGCAUCACUGGCAGGCUACUUCAGAAGGUUUUCAUCUCACAGGCAUAUUACCUUUGCACGUGCCUUUUGCUGCUGGAACAGAUGGCCUUUGGUUUCAUCAUCGAGAGCACAUGUUAUAUUUUGCAGCUGACUAUUGUUACAUCAUCACCAUAUAGAACAAGCGAGUCACAGUCACAGACAAGAUUCGGUGAUGCACCUUCCUAAUGGCUUUAGCAGGAUUUUGUUUCUUACUUCACCAUAGGUCAGGGAUUUGAUCCCCUCCAAUUAAAAGAAAAACAAUCUUCCUUAGAAAAAAGAUUAUGAAAGAGAACCCAAAUGCAGGCCUCAAAAGGCAGCAGAGACAGGUGGGGGGAGGGAUGGAGGAAACUCAAACCUGAAGAAUAAAUCGCAUAGCCAUGACCCGUGAAGGAGGAAACUGUCUUCAUUUGUAUCAACAUGGUUCAUCAGAGACAGAAUAGCUUAUCUCAAAAAAAUUUGUUUAUUUGUUAGCUGUUUUGAUGUAAAAAUGUAGUUGUUAACCCAUAAAAUUUGUAGAAGUUUCAACCAUACGACGGUUUUGUUCAAAUAAUUACUUUAAAAGGUGAAAAAGUAAAAGCGCUAUGU